AUGACAAAGCAGCAAAGAAGUAAUAAUAAUAAUGAGACAGAUAACUCUUCUGCCCUUGAAUUUUAUAGGAAAGCGCUCAACUUUAAUGUUAUUGGACGAUAUGAUCCUAAGAUAAAACAACUACUGUUUCAUACACCUCAUGCUUCCAUAUACAAAUGGGAUUUUCAAAAAGAUGAAUGGACAAAAUUGGAAUACCAAGGUGUAUUGGCCAUUUACUUAAGGGACAUAAGUGAUAAUGAACCAUUACUACAUUUGGAUUACAACACAGACUCUCAGUUUAAUAAUAACAAAAAUAACAACAUAUUUGAAAGUAGUAGAAGCAAUAUAUCUGAAAUGUCAAACUCAAGUGCAUUGGAUGGUUCUACAAAAUCUCAAAGGACAGACGUUUAUUCCAGUAACAACACGGCCGGACCGAACUCGUCAAGCACAAUCCUUUGUGGCAAAGACAUAUAUAACUAUGGUCUUAUAAUUCUUAAUAGAAUGAAUCCGGAUAAUUUCUCUAUGGGGAUAGCUCCAAACAGCGUCAUUAACAAGCGUAAAGUGUUUGAUGUAAUAGAAAAUAAAGCCAAUCCACUAGAAUGCAUGGGCGUGGAGGUUAAAGAUGAUUUGGUGAUAAUCAAGAAUUUAAAGCACGAAGUGUUUGGUAUAUGGAUUCAUACCAUUGCCGAUAGACAAAACAUUUAUCAACUAAUCAAAUACCUACUGGAGAGCGAACCAAAGGAAUCUUUUGCGUAA